UGGAUCCAUCAACCAUUUGUGAUCAGAACCCUCGACCCACUCCUUCUUAGUUUGUUAGAGAGUCUGCAACAGGAGGAGGAGAGGAGAUGGCAUCACUCACGAUGAUGGCUUCUUUCUUGGGCGGCGUCAGCGUAGCUGACCUGCCCCCGUCGGUCAGCCAUCGCCGGAACCUCGUCGUGACCAAGGCGGCCGCCAAGGCCCAAGGCCAAGAGAUGGCAAAGCCGGCCGGCUGCGAUGGCCGUGAAGACAAGGGAAGCAGUAGGAGGGCUGCGAUGCUUGCGGUCGCCGCUGCCGCAGUAUGUGCUAUUGGGACCAGUCAAGGCACGGCGAUCGCCGGCGAGGAACCGAAGCGGGGAACACCAGAGGCUAGGAAGCUCUACGCUCCGAUCUGCGUGACCAUGCCGACGGCGAGGAUUUGCCACAAGUGAGGCACUUCUUUCACGCCGUGUGGUUGAUCGGGUGGGCAUGUGAUCAUAAGGCUCCAUUGUUUGUAGUAUAUGUGUAUCUUUUAGUCAAAUAUGAGCUGAGGCUUUGUGGGACUCGUUCACUUAAGAAUGGCUCAGUGUGUUGUCACAUAUAUUGAACUUCAGUAAUGUUUGCUUAUCUAUCAAGACAUUGUUGUUCUUGGGAAGAUGAUUUUUCUUUUUUCUUCUAUUUAAUAAACUGGAUCUUGAAAUAUAA